AUGGUGGCAGCGAGGAGAGAGAUAAGGACAGAUAGAAUCAGUGAGCUUCACGAUUCAAUUCUUUGUCACAUUCUUUCUUUUCUUCCCACCAAACAUGCUGCAACCACAAGCAUCCUCUCUAAGAGAUGGAAAUCAGUAUGGCUCUCGGUCCUCACUCUCGACUUCGACUGCAAAGCCUUCCAAGACAUGGCCUCAUUUGGAUAUUCUGUACACAAAUUGAUGCUCUUACGAAACAGCGGGCUUCCAAUCGUUUCGUUUCGAUUCAAUUGCACCUUCCUUUGUUCUAUUCACAACAAAUGCGAUGUUACUCGAUUUGUUUCCUAUGUAAUGAAUCGAGGAAUUGAGAAUCUAAUCAUUGACAAUGACAUCAUAUUACCACCUAGUGUUCUUAGUUGCAAGACCCUUAAGGUUCUUAAGUUGAAUGGGAUAUUAGUGAAUGAUUUUUCUCAUCAAGUGGAUUUUCCUGUUCUGAAAAUUCUUCAUUUAAAGAGAAUGAUUUUCGAACGUCAUGAAUUGCUUGUUAAACUUCUGUCUGGUUGUCAUAUACUCGAGGAAUUGGAAACCAAAUAUAUAGGUUUACUUGACGACGAAUCACAUGUUCCAGAGGAAGAGUUUGAUGACCUGUUACCUAGUUUAGUCCAAGCAAAGAUUUCUUGUGAUGAUUCUGUUAUUCCUCUUAAUUUGGUUCGUAAUGUUGAGAAUCUACAUCUGGAACAGAUAGUAUUGGUAAUGUGUUCUAAACUUCCCAAGUUUCUUAAUGUGACACAUUUAGAACUUAAAUUUUGCCCUAUAUUUUGGGAUAAUAUAUGGGAUUGGUUGCUACAAAUGCUUGAACAAUGCGACAAACUUCAAAGUUUAAUCAUACAGGAAUUUGCAGAUCAAGACAGUUCAAAUUGCGAAUAUUGGGAGCAUCCACCAAUAGUUCCAAAAUGUCUUUCAUCGCAACUAAGAACAUGUUGUCUUACAUGUUGUAAAGGUGCCGAACUUGAGCUCCAAUUCGCAAAAUACAUUUUGCAAAAUUCAAAAGUACUAAAGACUAUGAAAAUUAAGUUUAGUUAUUAUGCUGAUAUAAAAGCAAAACAACAAAUGAUAACUGAAUUAUCUUCAUUAGCAAAGGGCUCUACAAAGUGUAAAGUUGUUUUUUGA